UGGAGGGUUUUUUUUUAAGCGUAAUAUACAAAUAUUGUACGUAACAUUCAACAAAUACAAUACAAAAACAUGUCCAAGAAAACAUGACACGUUGUUGUCGUUUCUACUCUCUCAGAAGGGGAGUGACUAGUUAAUGAUGAUAAGCGAAACUCAGUGCACCUGGAGCAGUUGACAGCGAGGCGUUGUGUGUGCUUGUACUCAAAGAGAGCCUUGCAGCUUCGAAAGCUCUGAGGGAAACUCUCCGCAAUGAUCUAUCUACUCUCCAUCGCCAUCGCUUUCCUUUGCAUCUGGAUAGUGAAGCUAGUGCUUCAAACGGAGCAGGAGACAUUGAAUGGGCGGUAUGCCAUCUCGAGUCGCUUCUACACGCCGAAAAAAGUGCUGAUACUCUGCCUUUACUAUUACCGCCGGUUCCGGGAAAGGAACCAUGAGGACUCUGAACGGCAGAGGAUGGGUCUGAGAAGUUGCCAAAAGGACAGAGUCGGUAAUGUUGAUGUACUUGGCAAAUGUUCUCGGUCGUGUGUGGAAGAAAUGGAGUGCAUACAAGAAUUCGAAAACGAUUCCCAUGCUAUCGACUCUGUUUUUUUCAUGGGAUUCACACAGACAGAUAAAACCUAUGUUGUUGUUCGUAUUUGCCGGAAACCAAAUGGCUUGUGUGAAAUGUGGUUACUGCUUCGAGUUGAUGGAAUCGGAUGCUUCCAGCAUCCCAACCUUCCAGACUCUAUCUGUCCUUUGGACAGUAAGGAUGCCUGGAGUGCAGGUGGACUAAAACUGGAAUGUUUGGAGCCACAUCGGCAAUGGCGAAUUUUCUUUAAUGGACUUCUGAGAAAAGGACCAUACAGGGACACAUGUAUGGAAGAAGAAGGCGAGCUUGUGCAUGUGAAGAUGUCUUUUGUCUGGACAUCCUUUUCCACUGUCUUUAAUUUCGACACCGAUAUUCAUCCAAGUGCCUUUGCUCAGAGCAUUGCUAAAGAGAAGUGGAGUUUAAAGUUCAUGAAGAAUCUACAAAAAUUGGAUCGAAAGCAAAUCCACUAUGAGCAAUGGGGUCAGUACAUUGGAGAGAUUGAAAUUGAAGGAUAUGAAAGAAAGGAACUCCUCCUCCGUGGAGUUAGAGACCAUUCUUAUGGCAUCAGAAAUUGGGCUGAUCUGUAUCGAUAUAUUAUAAUUUUUGCACAUUUUGAGAAUGGAUUAUCGGUGACUUUAAUGGCAGUGUCCAUUCCUGUGAGCACUACAAAUCUGAAAAUCGGCUUUGUGAUGUUUCCAGAUGGGAGGAAGGCAGGGAUUGACUGGUCAGAUAUCUCUUUGGCAGACAUGGCUGAUGACGGGGUCAUUGGUGACCUGUACAGAUUCAGUUUUACAGCAGAUGGCCAACUAUUUAACCUACAACUGUCCAUUGAUAAGAGUGCCAUUCCAGUAAUCUAUGGAGGACUAAUGUGGGAAAGUCGAAUCAAUGAGUGUGCGGCCAACUUUCGCUUGAAUUUAACUGUUCGUGGUUGGGGCAUAGCUGAAUUUCAUUACAGAAAUGAAAGUGGGCGACAGGCCCGAAACUCAGUGUUAUCCAAAAGUUUCCAGGAACCCGUGGUGCCAGCAUGCUCCAAGCUGGUACAGUCAUUCUCCAGUGAGACGUGCCAAUGCACUGAAAUAGUGGGUGGUAAAGGAGCUCAGCUGGCACAGUUGACAGAAAUGCAGAAAUGCUUUGGAUUGCAGUUUAAUGUACCUAGGGGUUUCUGUGUCACAAGAGCAGCUCUGGAGCAACAGAUGAAAAUGAACAGCAGUCUCCAGCAAGCUGUGGCAGAAAUCAGUGAUGAAACCUGUGGCAUUCACAGAAAUGGAAACCUUCAUGAACUGUGUGAAAGAUGUGUUGAGUUGUUCAAAAACACCAAACUGGCUCCAGAGCUAGAAAAAGCCAUUCGUGAUCAAUUGGCUGAGCUGAAGCUGUUGGGAACUGAGGAGCGAUUGGCUGUUAGGUCCAGUGCAAUUGGGGAGGACACUGAGGAUUCAUCUGCGGCCGGGCAGCUCAGCACCGAACUGGGAUUGAAAGGCUUUGAACAGGUGUGUGAUGGUGUGCAGAAAUGCUGGGCCUCACUCUACUCUUUCCAGGCUGUGGAAUAUCGCAGACAGAGGGGACAACCAGUAUGCUCAAGCAUGGGUGUGAUUGUCCAGCAGAUGAUAACAGCCGAGACUGCAGGUGUGCUGUUUACGUGCCAUCCUGUCACAGGACAUCCAGGCAGAAUGAUUAUCAAUGCAAACUAUGGUCUAGGAGAGUCUGUAGUGAAAGGUCUUGCAGAACCUGACACCAUCACCCUCUCAUGCAGUCCAAAAGGACAAUGUCACAUCCUCAAGAAGGAAGCUGGAGCAAAGCAGAAACAGUUCCGACAAGCAGAUGAGGGCGGAGUUGUGGUUGAAAACACUUCAGUUUCAGAUGCUUCAGAAUGUUGCCUGACAGAGGAUAUGAUUCUGAGAUUGGGACAAGUGGCCUUUCAGGUGCAAAAAAUCUACAGAACUCCAAGGGAUAUUGAGUGGGCAAUAAAAGAUUCUCACAUUUACUUACUGCAGGCCAGACCAAUCACGUCAUUUAAUUUCGUGUCAGAGUUUGAAUUGAUGCACGAGUUUGAUUCUGCCAUGACUACUGACUAUGAAUGGAUGACAACUUCAAAUAUAGGUGAAAUGAUGCCUGGAGCUGUUACACCCCUGACAAUGAGCACUUUUGUGAGAGCCAUUGAAUAUGCAUUACAGGAACUUUCAGUGAAAGCUGGAGGAAUUCCCGGCUUCUCCCCCUAUAACCACAAGUUCCUGGGCAUCUGCUGCUCCCACUUGUUCUUCAAUCUAAUGAGCUUGAAUAGCAACAUGGAACAGAAUAACAUCAUUACCAGUAAGAAGAUGAAUGACUUUGAGCUGCUGGGAAGGGUGCUGAAUGAAUUAUCAUUACAUGACGUUGCAUUAAUAUAUGGGAAAUCACCCUUAUGGAAGAGAGUUAUCAAUGCAAUUAAAUAUCUACAGUAUAUAGUCACUGCUGGGUCACGGGUAAAUGUAUUAAUGAAGAAGAUGACAACGUACCAGAUUCAACCUGCAAGCAACGCACGGGACUUAUACUUCAACAUUGAUCAGCAAUUAUCUGACUACUUUGAGGUAUGGGGUACAUCAUUGUCAAAAUCAAAUAGCUCUGGAAUGUGGAAUGCGAUUCUUGUGUCAGUCUUGUCAGGAGGGAAAACAGAAUGGACGUCAGAAGUUCUGGCAGAUGUUGCAAUAUUGUACAGCACAUGUUCAGAUGUUGUGUCAGCUGAUAUUCCAGUAGCAAUGGAAGGAAUCACUGAAGCAAUUCAAACCCAAGGAAAGAGUGCUGAGUUUCUCAAGAUGAAUGCAGAGACUGCAAUAUCUUGGCUGCUGUCUCAGGAAAGUGGUGAGGCUGGUCAGAUGUUUCAGAAUUUCUUACAAAAACAUGGUUUCCGCUGCCUCAGAGAGGCUGAGUUGCAUGAAAAGUCAUGGAGAAAUGAUCCAGCAAAGCUGCUGCCAGCAAUCCGGGCAAAGUUACAGGGCACCAGCAGUGUUGUCAAAAAAAUAGUGUUGUCUCCGGAGGAAGCUAUUGAUUCCCUAAAGUCCAACAUUACUUGGAUUAGAAAAAUUGUCCUGCGCUUGUUGUUGCCAAAGGCGAGGAAAGCUGUUGCUGACAGAGAAUUACUAAAGGCUGUAGCAAUCAGAAUGCAUGAUGUCUUUAAGGUUGCCUAUUGGAAGCUGGCCAGACUUAUGGUACAGGAGGGUCAUUUACCAGAUGAGGACCUGCUGUUCUUCCUAACACAUUCAGAAAUUGGACAGAUACUUAAGCAGAGGUCAACGUCAAUGUUAACCAGAGCCCAGUGUCGGAGAAAAUUACUGGGGAGACAAAUGGAUCUGCAGUUUACAGAAAUUAAUAUUGGUAAACCACAGCCAAUGGAUCAAUGUCUAAGUGAGAAGAAUGGAACAAAGAUCACAUUGAAAGGUAUGACGGUGAGCCAGGGGAUUGUGAAGGGAACAGCUCAUGUUGUGAGAACUAUACAGGAAGCUGGCUGCAUCCAACAAGGAGAUAUCUUAAUUACAAGAAGCACAGACAUAGGCUGGAGCCCAUACUUUCCACUGCUCAGAGGACUGGUCACAGAGAUUGGAGGACUACUAUCACAUGGCGCUGUAGUUGCACGAGAAUACGGGAUUCCCUGCAUUGUAAGCUGUAGAAAUGCAACAAGUCUUCUCCAGUCAGGUGAUAUUGUGUGUCUUAAUGGAACCAAGGGGACUGUGCAGAAAAUUGAAGAGAACUGAAAAGGUUCCAUCCACUCUCCAGAAGCGAAUGGAAACAGGAAAGUGCAAUACCAGAGAAAACUAACAUACUCUCUACCCUGACAAUAUCACUAUGCCUGAUGGAUACAAUGCUAUUAAAUAUAUAAAAGUAAAUGAAGUUCAAAGCAUCAGCUCCUCAAUAGCCAGACAAAUAAAUUAACAGUACUUGUAU